AUGAUUCAAGUUGAUGAUAAUCCUUAACAUAUAAAUCUCAAUCUUUUUCAGAAGAUAAAUACUGGAAAGUAUGAGGAUAUUCAAAUCAAAAUAUAAAAGCUCGAAUCUACAUUUUUCUAAUGUUUAAACUAUAGUAAACAAGAAUAAAUGUAAUAAAAUGAGAAACUACAAACUGAUAAUUCACAACUUCAUGAUAAUGAACAAAAUAUGAAUAAGGACUUAUUAUAAUUCGAACAAUUUGAAAAAUACAUUACUUAAUACUUUGCCCAACUUCGUGAAUAAUUUGGAAAUAUCAAAUCGAUCUGUUUCAUGACUUCUUAAUAGUUAAACCUGUUUUUCGAAGAAGCUCUGGAAUAAUUGAAUAAUAAAACAAAGUUGUAUUAGGACAUUCUAAAACUUAAACUUAUUUAAAGUUCACAAGGUAUUUAUUCAUAUAUAUACAUUAUAAGACUUAUUUUCAAAAGUAUAUCCAACCAAAACAAAUUUAAUACUUAAGAAAUGGUAUUUACAUAAUUAUUGUUAUCCAUACCCAAAUUAGAUGGAAAUCAAAAAAUUAAUCAAUAAAACACAACUAUCGAAGAAGAAAGUAUUAAAUAUUUUUAAUUAAGAUAUUAAAUUGGUUUAUAAAUGCUCGCAAUAGCUUUAAGAGAAAAAAACAAAAAAAAUAAAAGUAUAAAAUAUUAGUACAAGAACACUAUAAGGCUUUAUUCUAACCGAAAAAACAAAGCUAAAAUUCAUGUUAAGAAGAAUCAAAUUAACAAAUUUUAUUUUGA